AUAGCCCACAGCAAAGAUAAAAAAACAGUUUUGCGAUUGGCACCAAACCAAACGCACAAGUAAGGUGGUGGUAUUGGUCACCACCGGGUACAGCCUGCGCCCUUCCCAUUCCACCCACCUUCCCAAUUAGCAAAACAAACUAAAUUAUAAAUUAAUAAAUAAAUAAAUUAAGGAUUUUCUUCUCGAAUAUACUCCCUCUCCCUCUGCUAUCCUCUUCUCCAUUAUCCACAACAUCCAACCCUCAACCAAUCUCAAUUUCCUCAGAUCUAUGCCGUUUUCAUUGCUUUUACUCUCUCGUCGUUUCGAUCUACCCUUUGCCGUUUCCGUUUAGAUCCCAUGAUGUCACAUUAGAACCUAACCCAUUGCCUAAGAAACGGAACACACGGAAUCUUCUCAGAUUCUUUUUUCGCGUUUCUUAGCGUUUUCUUCACUUCCAAACAAACCAAAAAUAUAGAGUAGAGGAAAUUCUUCCUUAGUGUGCACACUCUCCGAUUGAUCGGUUAUUGAAACCCCCGCACGCGCGGCGCGUAUGGAUUUGGACGAUUUCCGAUCCAUAUUGGAGACUGCGGGCGUCGACGUGUGGUUGUUCAUCGACACCGCAAUCACCGUCGCGUCCUUGGAUUACGCCGCCGAAUUGAAACACCGCCGAGAUGGAAUCGUCGAGCGCCUAUACGCCGCCACGACGGCUCCUCCGCGAUGCCGGAAUUGCGAAGGUAACAAUCGCCUCAUGUCCAACGGUCACCAAGUGAAGAAACAGAGCAGCCCUAGCCCUAGCCCUGAACGACAACGACACCAGCCCCGUGGCAAUUCCUCUCCCGCAACGCCGCAGUCUCUGGAAAAUGACAAAGACAACGGCGACGACGACGAUGAAGAGGUAGAUCCUUACGGUGGUUUGUUCGAUGACGAGCAGAAGAAGAUUCUAGAGAUUAAAGAGCAACUCGAAGCUCCUGACCAGUCCGAAGAUUCGUUGGUAGAGUUGCUACAAAAUCUUGCGGAUAUGGAUAUUACAUUUCAAGCGUUAAAGGAGACUGACAUCGGGAGGCACGUGAAUCGGUUGCGGAAGCAUCCUUCCAAUGACGUUCGGCGAUUGGUGAAGCUCCUUGUCAGGAAGUGGAAGGAAAUUGUGGAUGAAUGGGUGAAGUUGAAUCCACAGGGAAGAACCAACACUCUCAUGGCUGAUGGAGACUCGCCUCUGCUGAAAACCAGCCAAAAUGGGCAUCAUCAGAUUCCUGAUUUUGCAUACUCGCCAAAUCCACACAAUGGGAGCUCUGGGUCAGACCGUAACAACUCAUCAGAAGCAGAACACAAACCAAAAGUAAUUCCCCGCAGUGAAGCUCCGCCAAAACCCACGCCAUCACCAUCAGUUUCCACCCCUGCUUUCGCCUCUCAAAAUAGACAGAGGGAACACAGAGAGAGCAAUUUUGACGCGGAGAGACUUGCUUCUGCCAGAAGACGGCUUCAAGAGAACUACAAAGAGGCUGAAAAUGCCAAAAGGCAAAGAACGAUUCAGGUGAUGGACAUCCAUGAGUUACCGAAAUCAAAACCCAAGAAUGCCUUCUUUGGAAAGAAUAAAGGUGGCGGUAGUUCUCAGGGAAGGCACUGGUGAUACAUGUUCCAAUGUUCGUGCAUGUAAAAAGGCUUGUGAGGGUGCCGGAUAAAGUCCUAAACCCUUGUUCAUCCAUGUGGAAUUUUCAAACCUAUUUUUUCUGGUGCCUUUUUGUUUAAAUUAAUAAUAAUCGAAGAAAAAAAAACUCCUCAAUAUUUUGGGUUUUUCUUUUUGAAAGGGUACCAUCAAACCCGCUUUUGUCGGUUUGUUGAGGAGCACGUGAUUUCAGGAAUCGGGAUAGAGAUGGGACGAGGGGUAGGGCUGAAAAGGUUUUUCCUUAAAGACAUAAAACAUCGUUUUUUUUAAGGUCGAAGUUUGAAUUUUAGUACAUUAGGUUUAAUGGACGCCAUUUUCUAUUAACUGCAUUUAGUCCUUCUCUUGAAGAAAAACAGCAAACGGAAGUCAAGAAGUGAUCAUACUUAACGAUUUUACUCCGGGUGGGUGGCAAUUUAGUUGCCAUUGCAAUCAAUUAUAGGGUUUUGGGUCAUAAUCAUAGGAAGAUGACGUGUACACAACUAGUUAAGAGUUCGGAUCCUUUGCCGUAAAAUGCACAGUAUUUAAUUCAGUACACUAAAUAAUUGACAACCUUUUGUUUCAUAGACCAAGCACAUCAAAUGGGAAAAACCUCAGAUUGAAACACUUCAAAUUAUACGAUUAGCCAUUUAUUAGUCAUGUCGAGACACACAUAAGGUGUCUUAUUACGCCAAUUUGGCAUUCUUACAGUCUUAUUUCCCUUUUAUGCAAGCAAGUUGAAUUUAAUGUGAUGAGGUACAUGUCACGUAGUUUAUGGCCGAAUACUUCGUUCACCGGAUCAAAUGUUAACACAGCACAAAAACCUAUCUUUUUUCCUUUGUCAAAACAAAUCUUUCUUAAAAUGCUUUUUCUACGUGGGCUGCUCUUUUUGGGCUAUGUACUUUAUGGUCAUUUGCGCUUUGGGCUGCUCUUUUUAGCCGUUGAUGAGGAAAGUUAGCAAAUGGUUGUUAGUUUGCGCCAGAAGGUUGUUGAUUAAGCUACUCAAUACUCUAUACCUAGGGUAGUGGGUUAGGAAAAUGGGUAGCAGAGUUUUAGGCCAAAUAAUUGCUUUAUGCAUAUUAUAUAAGUUGCAUUUGUCUAUAUUGUAACGAAAAAAGGGUCAACCAAUUAAACCUUACAACAACUUAUCAUUAACUUUACUUCCAUUUGCAAG